AUGAAGUCACCGACCACCGACGGCGCAACCCGAGGUCUCCACCUCCGGCUGCGGUUGUGGAUUUCAGGUAUUGUGGUCGGCCAUACGGCUGAGAAUCCUCGGACGGGAAUUCAUCAUCGAGAAGCGUCUAGGAGGGCUGCUACGCUUCAGAUGAUACUCAUGGUCGAAUCAAGCGACACAACCAACCAUGUCGAGGCUAAGAUUCAGAACAAAGAAGGGAUUCCGCCGGACCAACAACUCUUUGCUGAAAAGCAACUCGAAGAUGGUCGAACCCUUGCAGAUUACAACAUCCUGAAAGGUUGA